CAGAGCCGUAGCCUCCCGCCAUAGAGGUCUGGCCUUGGUUCCCUUGCAGUCCGUGCCCGUUCCAACGCGGCUGUGACGCACAUUGACGUCAUUUUUAGCCACGUCAAAACCUCCUAAUUAAAGGAGUCAAACCAGCUUCAAGGUCUCUUACUCGCGCAUUAUGGAACCUCCUACUCCCACUUCAUUUAGAUUUAACGACCUUCCAACUGAGCUCGCCCUCGUCAUCUUCAAGCAUGCGGCACAACCACCCUUUGCUCAAUAUGUGCCUUACACCCGAGACCCAUACUCAUCUGCCCUUUCACUAUGCCAGGUCUCCAAAGAUGUCAGGCGCGCUGUGCUGCCUGAACUUCUGCACACGGUAUUAUUGUCGACAGCUCGCCACCUACUCGCUUUCGUACGGGCUCUGCGUAUGCAGAAAACAUACAUCGAUCAACAACAUGAUCUAGCUUUUGAUUACGCACCUUGCGUGCACAGGAUGUCAAUUGAAGAGUUUCGGGGGGCCGUGCACAUCCCAGCUGCCGAUACACCCCCUCCUAUGCCAGAGCUUGAAUGCGAGUUCGAUAUCGGGCUGCUAGCUCCAGUGAUUCUCGGCGUAUCGUCCCUCACAAUCAAAUUUGGGAGUCUAGGUCUUCUCACAAGGUGCCUCAAACAUCUGUGUAACUCCGAUGUCGACUUAGAUGUCGACCACAAAAAUUCUCUGUUUCCUUUGAGCAUGAAAAGUUUGACGUUAUUGGGUAGUUGCUGUUAUCAAUGGUCGCCCUUCGUGAAGUCUGUCCAUGGAUAUGCUUUCCUCGCUUCCAUCCAACACCUCACCGUACUCUUUUCCCCAUCCUUCCAAAAAUGCCUGCCCUUCCAGUGCAACUGUGUUGACAAAAUUCAAAUGGAAGAUUCUUUACCCUGCAUGCUGUCUUUGUGCAUCGUGCGUGGUCCUUUCGAAGGACUGAAAACAUUCUCGUUGGCCAUUCCGCACAUCAAUCUCCCGCUGGUCGCUCAACGUGCGCCUGAGGAUAUAUGGGUGAAGUUGCUCACGUUGCCUGCUUCCGCGCUACCGGACCCUUGUACACCAGAGGAAAUAGAGCGACUGGAGCUAAAUUUGCGCCAGAUGUUACAUUUCUGCCACGAUUGUUCCUUUAUCGCUUCUUGAUGAAAUUUUGGGGCCUCGGUGUCAGACAGACUACGCAAUGGGUUGUAUUACGGUACAUAAUUUGAACAUAGCACUUACUUCGCAGUUAUUCCUUGUCUUGUCAGCAACACGAAGUCUACUAGCUCUAA